CACGGACCACCUGACCCUAGAACAACAGAACAUCAAAACAAAUCUAUUGGUUGAGAAUGAAUUGAAGUACAUAAGAUGGUUACUGCAUUGAGUGAGUGAGGGAAUGGGUUAAUAAGAUGAGAAAGGGAGUUGAUUUGAUGAUUGAGCUUCAUUCUUUUGCUCAACAACUUGACAUUAGCUCAUGACCAUCAUGAGUAUCGAUAGGAGGAAGGCAGCUCUUUUCGGUGCAGCAGCAGCUGUUCGACUGUUACUAUUUGCAUCUUUCCCGGGCCUCCCAGAUUUGUUGACAGCGAGAGUCGAGAUCUCUACACCAGUUACAAGCUUCAAGAGAUUACAAGAGGGCCUCUUUCUUUACAAUCACAAUGUCUCCCCAUACGAUGGUGGUGUCUAUCAUCAGGCACCGUUAUUCCUCCCUCUCUUCUCUCUCCUCCCAAGCUCUUCGAUGUAUCCCGCAUUCACAUACCUACUAUACACAUUGGUCGACCUUGCCAGCGCAAAUGCUUUAAUCAAUAUAGCAGAGUCUGGGGAGGCAGGAAAUUCGAAGCUCUUCACAUCUCCUAGAAAGGAUAAACGGUGGACCAGCUUCGCCAUUGCUGCUGCCUUUCUUUUCAACCCAUUCACCAUUGCAACAUGCAUUGGCCGUCCAACAAGCAUAUUCACAACUUAUGCUAUAUUAUAUGCCAUUUCAAAAGCAUUAAUUGGCGCAUCUUAUACCUCGAUGUUCGCCAUAGCAUUCGCAGCGUACCUGUCUAUGUAUCCCAUACUUCUUUUCCCUCCUCUGGCCCUGCUAUGCUAUGAUCGUCAACGUCCUAGUAAGCGUCAGGAGUCUUUACCAUUGUUCAUUGGCACCAAUGCCAUAGCUGUCUGUGGUUACUUAUACUCCCUUUUACACAUGUCGUACAUAAUCACGGGGUCUUGGGAAUUUCUAUCAUCAACUUAUGGUGUCCAACUUCUUCUUCCAGACCUCACGCCCAAUGUUGGACUGUGGUGGUAUUUCUUCAUUGAAAUGUUUGACUCUUUUAGGUCAUUCUUCCUCGGUGUAUUCUGGCUCCACCUCUCAUCAUAUGUCGGGGGCCUUACCAUUCGCGUACGACGUCAGCCUCUUUUUGUGCUCACAAUACUCCUCGGAAUCUUUGCGAUUUUUAAACCAUAUCCAUCAAUAUCAGAUACCUCUCUGUUCUUAGGGAUGCUGCCAGUCUAUAGUCACCUUUUCCCAUUAAUGCGAUAUUCUUUCCUAGCCUCUUCUACGGUUCUAUAUGCAACAUUAUUGGGACCUGCCUUUUACUAUCUUUGGAUUUAUGCCGGAAGUGGAAAUGCCAAUUUUUUCUACGCAAUUACACUCGUAUGGAGCCUUGGCUGGAGUGUCCUGGUGGUUGCAGAUUUACUCUAUGCAGUCCUCAGGGAUGAAUGGGAAGUUGAACGACCGGAAAUGAAGGGUAAAGAGGUCAGGCAAAUAUAAGUAUGAUAUAAAGCAAUCAGAUCAGAUCGCAUCCAUCAUCGAUAUUUCUUUGGUACAAUGCGACAUGUCGUGAUUCCUAUGAAGUUAUGUACAACGAGGCUUCGGUUCUACUACGUCAUUACAAACUUCCAAAAAUAUAUCCAUGACGAUGAAGGCUAAGAAAUUCAAAGCCUGCCGAAGAUCUCGUACCAGAACCUAUGGUACACGGCCUCUAUUCUAUGCCUUAAAUGACGAUGUAUGUGCAAAAGCAUCUCUCCAUAUAAUCAAUCCAAUGCAAUCUUUAUCCUUACAUUAGUCUACGGGCGACAUUCCCAAUUUUCCGUUUUGAAUCCCAGUCACAUCUUUUCCCACCCUUUCUCCUCCCUGCGCUCUUUCUUCUCCUGGUCAUUUCGCUUCUUUUCCUGGACCUUCCGACGUUUUUCUUUUGCCUUUAUUUCUAUCUCAUUUUCCUUUGCUUUCCUUCGCGCAUUGCUGUUUUUUCUCCGUUCAUCUUCAUAGUGCACAUCCAGCUGGGCCCUCAUCCUCACAUCUUCGGCCUUUGCUCUUGCGGCACCAUUUGCUAUGCUCUUGCGUCUUAGUCUCUCUCGCGCUCUUCUCUCCUCCCUUUUCGAUUUACUUUCCAAUUUCAUUCGUGAUUUGAUCUCAAUCUCAAAGGUGCGUAUGGCAUUGUAGAUACGUUGCUUUAUUGACACCUCUGGCGCAUUGGCAUUGGCAUUCAUGUCGGAGUUGGAGAGUGUCAGUGAAGCAGGAGAAACGUUGUCAAUGCCGGAUUCGGAGGAUGCCGGUGAAUCAGGAGUAACACUGUCAAUGCCGCAGUCGAAGGGUACCAGUGAAUCGGGAGCAAUGCUGUCAAUUCCGGAGUCGAAGCGCGCGGGAGACGCAAGAGUCCGACGUACCGAACGGUUUUUACUUUCAGUAUUGAAAGGAUCCGGAUUUGUCCAUUUAAACGAGGAUUCGGGAGACUAAAGAGAGGUCAGUGACAUGACGAUGCCCGAAGGCAACUGCGGAGAUACCUUGGUUGAUCGGGCCGGAUAUUCUUUGGGAACUGGUGAGAGUUCGGUUCGUUGAGUUCGGGUCUGAGAGGAGUUCGCUGCGAUGAGACGUCGAUUUUGAUUCGAGAGAGAUUGAGGAUUUGAAUUUGUAGAGCGUUGAGGGUUUCUUUUCUGAGGAAGUCGGGGAAUCCGAUUGGGGGUGUUCAUGAUCACGGUAAGAAUCUUAACAUCCGUCAGCGCCGAGUAUAUUUCGAAUGAUCAGUGGAGGUCUACAAAUUGUGGUAGAAGUUUUAUGAUGCAGAUGAAAGGUCUAUGAUGUAGCAUGAUAUACUGAGGAUAUAGGUCUAGACUCCACUAUACCCAGUACGGUGCUUGAGAAUGAACCUAUGGUUACUAAAGCUUAGUGG